UAGAAUCCUAGGACCAUCGGGGCGCGUUGCUUGACCCUCUUUUUUUCCCCCUGGCUUUAGCUUCGUGUUUCUUGCUGUUCAACGCUAUCAUCCGUUAUAUUUAUUCCCCAGCGCUGACUUAAAUGUUGUUGUCAUAAACUGAACAACGCCGUUUUGUGUUACAUUCUGCUGUGGCCGAAUGAGAUGUGUUAGCUUAGCAGACCAACUUCAGGAAUCGUGCCAGCUAGCGAGUAACCAACAAGAGCAGCAACAUCAAGGAUGGACUUCCCUCCAGCUAAACGGCUCCGAGGCCUGAACCAGAAUGUUGUGACAGCGGUUCCCAACGAUGACACUUUUGGAGAUGAUGAUGAGUUCACCCAGGAGGACUUGGAUGAAAUCGACAUCAUUGCCUCACAGGCCACCUCCUCAGCAGGGCUUGCAUCUAAAUCAGUAACCAACGGGAGCAACUCGUUCCAUGGGUCCACCUGUCCAACAUCCAUGAUACAGAGCAGAACCACAACCAAUCAGAGCAACGCAUUUGUGUUUAACAGAGUUGAUGGAACACUUAAAAAGGAGCCUCUUAAUAACAAGCUUCGUCCGCUUGGGUCAGACAGAGAGGACUCCUACCGACUCCUGGAGACCCAGCAUGCAGAGCUGAAGAAGAAGCUGAAGGAAGUAGAAGAAGAGAUUCUGUUGAAGAGUGGAGAGAUCCGAGUCCUGAGGGACUCUCUGAAAGCAGCUCAGCAGGAGAAGGAGACUCAGAGACAGAACCAGGUCCUGCUGGAGGCUCAGAGGCAGAAGGAGCAGAAUGAAAAGGAGAAGGAGCUGAACAGAAAGGUUCAGUCUCUGCAGUCUGAGCUGCAGUUUAAAGAAGCAGAAAUCAGUGACAUGAAGACUAAACUUCUCUGUUCAGAAAAUAACAAAAUUCCCUCGCCGAUGGCUAGAAACAGUCCUAAAGUGCUCAGCACUUCUGCCCAAAUGCAUCAUGGGAGCAGCAGCUCCUCCUCCUCUCCAAUAGGAAGUGGUUUCAUCACCAAGGAGGCAUUUGGGAUGAAAAUCCCCUCCAGAACUACACCGUUGAAAGCUUGUAUGAAAACACAUGCAGCUGGUGCAGAAAGAAGGGUGUCUAGCAGCAGAUGUGAUGAUGGAAAUGAAGUGUCUCAACCGGAUCCUUUCCUGUCUGCGAAACCUGCGUGCUUUCAGCAUGAAGGUGGGGUCUUGCUGGGGUUGUUGCUGCAGCCAUCACUGUCACCCUGCAAUCUCAGCCUUUCUCAUCUACUUUCUAUGAGUCUGACUGAUUACAGGCAGCUUUCCACUGACCCCCAGCUCCACUUUAAUCCACCCGAUCAAGCCGAUCCUGUGGCAGCCCCCAGAGAAGACCUGAAUCUGGUCCAGAGCCUGGCUGCAACUGGUCUCAACAUGCUGAGUCAGAGCCAAACAGCAAGUGCUGCCAGCUGCAGAAACAACGGGUUUUGUUCUGGAGCUGUUCUCCUCCUCCCUCUGUUGGACCUCCACCUGACUCGGCUCUGUUCUACCCUGGACUCGCUCCGAUCCUCCUCCCCUGGCAGCAGUAGGACAGACUCUGGAGCUAACAUCACACUCCCAGUUAGACAAACAAUUUCUUCUUGUCCCGGACUGGGGAGACUGGAGGAGGCUGGUUUCUCAGGUUUCAGUGUGGAGGACACUGGUUUAACUUCACUGAGAGUCCUUUAUGUCCUUCUGGCCCACAGCGACGAGGUGGUGAAGGCGGUGUUGUUAACGAAUCAGACGACAGAAAAGGGCACCCAUCCUGCUGCACACAAGGGUUUCUGCUCCCAGAAUGCUUUGCUGCAGUCACUGCUGCGUUUGUGUGACACGCAGCUCUGUGGGGGCAACUCGCGGACAGAAGAGCUCGCCCUUAAUGCGCUGAAGACACUUUGUGUCCUCAUAAGACAAACUCCUUCCACACAUUCAGACAGGUUGCAGUGUGUGUUGCAGGUUGUGUGCACAUGUUUGUCAGCAGACAGCAGCGUGCGGGUCGUUUCAGAGUGUGUGUCUGUUCUCACGGCCAUGUCGGACCACCAGAACCUUGUCGAGCAGCUUUGUUCUCAACACAAUUCGUGUGUUUUCUUAAAAUUAUUCCAGUUUAUUAGAACCCGACUAGACUACCAAGCUACACACAUGGGCUUGGUUUGGCUGGACCUGCAGGUGGUUCGUUUGUUAGGCAGACUGAGUCAGAGGGCAGACCGCUGGUUGAACGUGGAGAACACCUGUCCGUGUUCUACUGAGCUGGUUCAGACAGUUGUCAUCCUUUUCCAUCAUCAGUGGUUGCAUCUUCAUGGUUCAACAACAGGUUCAGCGGGUGUCUCCCUGCAGCGGUGUUCCUCCUCCAGCUCCCCCUGGUGGCACAGUCCAGCAGCAGCUCUUCUCAGGGAGUGUCUGCUGCUGCUGCACUGGCUGCUGCAGCAUCACGCCAGCUUCUCUGACAGCUGCAGGCCUCUGCUGCACAUGUAUGACCAGAUGAUCCCGGCUGUGCGAGAAACCCUGAGGAAGAUCCCCGAUCUGAGUGAGAGCGAAGAGCUGGCCUUGGAGGAGAUCUGCCGCUCUGAGGGAGACGACACCGAUGACAUGGACAUCGACGCCAGCUCAUAAAUGGCCGCUGCUACGGAGUCUCUACAGAGACUCCUGAGAGGACACGAGGGAUGGUUUACGAGAUGGGGACAGAACAUGGACUGGUUCUGUAACGUGUCUGAAGUGGAUUUUGGGAAAUGAACAGUCAGAGGUGAAGUCAGACCGGCGUGAAGGAAAAAUGAAUCAUUCUGCCUUUUGACUCAACAGUAAAACCUGAAAGUGAGAAACCUGAAAC